AUGCGGCAAAGGCGGCGAGCGGUGCGCAGGCGGCGACGAGCGGGCGCGCAGGCGACGACAGCGGCGAGCGGUGCGCGGGCAACGGCGAGCGGGCGCGCGGGGCGAGGCGAGCGCGCGCAGGGGCGUGCGUGGCGAGGCGAGCACGCGCAGGGGCAAGGCGAGCGUGCGGGGCGAGGCGCGGCGGCUGCAGGGCCGAGCGGGCGCGGCGCCGCGGCUCGCGGUGGCUGCGGCGAGCAUGGCGCGAGGGCGGCUGCGGGCGCGGCGGUGAGGCUGCUGCCCCUGCGCGAGGGCGAGCGCGGCGCGGGCACGACGCGCGGGCGAGCGCGGCGCGAGGGCGGGGCAGGGGCGCGCGGGACGAAGUGGGCGCGGGUGGGGCGUGGCGAGGCGGGGCGGGGCGUGGCAAGGCAGGGCGCGGCCGGGCGUGGCGGCGGCAGGUGGGGGCGUGCGGGCGACGUGGCGCGCGCGGCGGCGUGCGUGACGGUGCGGGCGAGUGGCGUCGGGCGCGACGGCAGGCUGGGGCGAGCGGCAACAACUGCAGCAGCGCGAGCGGGCUGUUGCAGGGUGCGGGCGCGCGGGCACGGCGAGCGCGCGGUGGCGAGCGGGCGAGGAGCUGAACUGCAGGCGGACAAUUUGGGUUCGGACGCUGCGUUGGGCGCCUCUAACAUGAACCAUGCAAAAUUAAAACAAGAUGGAAGGGAAAUGUCGUGCAAGUAUCGUGCAAAUUUUGCCGUUCGUGUAGCGUCACUCUUCCAAAAACCCAAUCGAGAUGAUGAGGACCCAUGUACAGUGUGA